CAGCGACAUUAGCUUUUAACACGUCGCAUACGCGACGCGUGUCGUUGCUAUAUUCACUUGUAGUCGCGAUUUCAGUUUCAACAUUCGGCACGUCAUUUUUCAGAUCUGUCUGAACAAUUUAGAAUCUUCUUGCUGGUUCUUUUUUACUCAUACUUGGUAAAAUUUUCAUUAAUUUUGUGGACGUUACAAGUAGACUGACAUCAUGUCGCGUCAUUUGCUCUUUGAAACAACGUCAACCGCUCUGGAGCGGUCGCGACCCUCGCUUCCGCGGCUGAGAAUAGGCGGGAAAAACACCAGUGCCGGGGCACUACCGUCUGUCUCCCCUGCAAACAAGCCGCAGAAAGCGGGUCUACCGGCGCCCCUGCUGACCGGCUCUUACACCUUCGGUGGCAGCAGCAGCUCAACUGCACCUACUUGGGGAAGGCGAGGAUUCUCAAGUCAUUCUGUUGGGAAAGGGUCCUGCGUUGCAGCGGAGACGCCAAAUUUCUUUUCUCCCCAAACCAUGAAGCCGCGACCAAAUACCGGGCUGUCUCAUCUGCCACAAAGCAACCAUGCGUGGCGAGGGCGGGCCGAGUGGGAGGAGCCAGCAAGUAGACACAGAGCUUACAGCACCAAGAGCACAGCAUCGCAAGGUUUGUUCGACAGGAGGCAAGGGCUGCUGCGGGGAGCGGCGAAUUUUUGUGGUCCGAGAAGUAGACUGGGAGCAGGACGAGGACUCUUCACGAAAAACAGCUUCUCCUCAUCCCCAAUACGAAAUACAUUAAGCUCCCACCAGCAGCACCACCCGCCCCACAACAACCUUCUGCUGCCUCGAGUCCGCACCAUGAUCAUGAUCCGCGAGACAGAGAACGGAGAGAGCAAGGAUCCAAAAAAGAAACAGAAAACCUCCACCAUCCGCACGCUAAAGUCCGUGCUCAAGUACGCGUGGCCGUCGGGCGACCCGAAACUGCAGUCCCGCCUGGUCGGCAGCAUGGCGUGCUUGGUGCUCGGGAAAGCCGCAACCAUUCUGGCGCCGCUGGCACUCGGAGACUUGGUGAACAGCCUAACCGUAUGCAUUGCAAAUAUGUUUGGGUCUGGAAGGUUGGAACUUGUAAUGCUAUCUUUCCAUACCUAGGAAAUCUGUAUUGCAUAACCAACAUAAGCCGCGGCCUCUUUUGUACAUGCAAAAACGCAGUUUCUCAUGCGGAUUGCCUAUGAGAAAGCGUUCUGGAAAGUUGUCAUGCUGGGUUGCAUUGGAAACUGUUUCUAUCAUCCACAUUUUUGCAUCAGAAGUUUCCAGACCCAGACAUUUUUGCACUUGAUAGACCGCCGUGCGAGCGAGUCCGGGCGCGUCGGACGCAGCCGCCGAGCAGCUCGCGGAGACCUUCUCCCGGACGGCGUCCACCCCGGGUCUGGGCGAUUUGCUCACCGCCACCACGGACAGCACCAACGUGCUCCUCGCCACCCCGGAGAUGGUCCCGUUGCUCUGGCUGGCGUCGUACGGGCUCGCGCGGUUGGGGGCCAGCGGGUUCUCCGAGCUCCGGACCUACCUGUUCGCGCGGGUGGUGCAGAAAGGGUGCCGCAAGCAGGCGCUGAACGUCUUCAACCACCUGCACACCCUCGAUGUCGAGUACCUCCAGGCGCUGAAGUCCGGCGAGAUCCAAGCCAUCAUGAAUCGCGCGCUGAAGUCCAUGCAGCAGGUUCUCACGACGCUGUUGUGGAACGUGGCGCCAACUUUACUGGAAUUCGCUUUUGUGCUCGCGAUCGUGUACAAUCAGAUGGGGUUGUACUCGAGCGGCAUUGUGUUUGCGACCUUCUGCAGUUACUUCGGUUUCACGACGGUAUCAAAUGCAAAAAUGUCUGGGUCUCCUCUGGAAGAAUGCAAGUUUGUCAUGCUUGUCUGGCAUGACUCGAGAAUCUGUGUUGCAUAGGCACGAAAGAGACCUCUUAACUGUCACGCGAAAAGGCAGCUUGCCAUGCGGAAUACGUAAGACAUGGCAGCCACAAAAUUUGUCAUGUAUAACUGCGUACUGCGGCGCGUCUAUCAUUCACUUUUAGCAUUACAAGUUUCCAGACCCAGACAUCUUUGCAUUUCAUAGACGGCCUACAGCAACAAGCGGCGGGAGUACAUGAAAGAAUCGAAUAAACGCGACGACCGGCUCGCGGGGCAGCUGGUGGACUCGGUCCUGAAUUGCGAAGCGGUGCGGCACUUUUCCGCGGCGAAGCGGGAGGCCAGGCGGUACGACCGACAGUUAGCGAAAUACGAGGAGAGCCAGGUACUAGGGGAGUCAGUGCACGAUCCUGUGAAAAUGUCUUUACUUGAUCAAUCUUCAUGCAUAACUCGCCACAGGAGUGUGGUUAUCGUCAUGCUGUUUAUAAUCUUGAGUUUCGAAUACCAAUCCAACCUCUACUUGAUGUGGUACUGCAGUCCCCCCGGCAUGGUGAGAAGUUCCAAUUUAAUCACUGUCAGGUGCAAGUCCUGCAAUCCCUCGCCACUUUGAAUAUCAAAUGCAAAAAUGUCUGGAUCUGGAAACAUGGAACUUGUAAUGCUAGCCCUACAUUCCUGUAAGAUCUGUAUUGCAUGACCAACAAAGAAAACGCCCUGUUUUGUCACGCGCAUGGCAAAGUGUUCGGCAAACUUGUCAUGCUUGGCUGCCUUGGGAAGUGUUUCAGUCGUGCACAGUUCAGCAUCACAAGUUUCCAGACCCAGACAUUUUUACAGUUGAUAUGGAACUUUGGGCAGCAACUGGUGAUCAACACCGGCCUCCUUUCCAUCAUGGCACUGGCCACCUUCAUAUGCAUUGCAAAUAUCCCUGGAUGUCCGGAAAAUAUGGAAUUUGUGAUGCUAACUUUCGAGGAUACAAAAACCUGUAUUGCUUUAUGAGCAGCAGAAGCUAUGCAGACCUUUGCCAACCGGACAGGGCUGCAUUUCUCAUGCCGGAUAGGCAUGAGCAAGCCUUCGCGAAGACGAAACCUGUGAUGCUAGAGCAUGCAUCAGUGGCAUCGCAGGUCUUGUAAAAUCUGCAUGACAGACUCCCCGAAUUAUCUUCCAGACGUCCAGGCAGAUAAUUUUCAGUUGAUACUUCAACGUGCUCAACGGUUCCGUCCCCGUCGGGGACGUCGUUGCGGUGAACACGCUGAUGCUGCAGCUCGCGCAACCGUUAAACUUCCUCGGCGGCGCGUACCGAAUUACUCUGCAGGGGGUGUUGGACUUGCAGCGGCUGGAGCAGUUUUUGACCGACCAAAAAGGGUCCUUGCCCGAGGGGGAAAAAGAUUUUCAGUACGCUGGCGGGAAAAUCGAAUUUGAGAACAUCGAUUUCCGUGCGCUGAGGGAUUUCAACUUGAAGAUUCCCGCGGGAGCAAAAGUUGGGAUCGUCGGGCCGUCCGGGAGCGGGAAAUCCACCAUUCUGAAGUUGUUGGCGCGGACCGCGAAGCCGGAGAAGGGCCGCACGUUGGUGGACGAUCAAGAUCUGAUGGACGUCACGCAGGACAGUUACGCCAGCGAGAUCGGCAUCGUUCCCCAGGAGUCGAUUCUGUUCAACGACACGCUGCGGUUCAACUUGGAGUACGCGGCGUUGGCGGACAGUAAAGCAGCGCUAGAUGAUGAUGAUGUUGACACAUCGACAAGUACGGACGUAAAACUCGCUCUCACCGACGAGGAAGCGGAGCAGCAAAGGGUCAAACUCCAGCAGCAAAUGGAGAACGCCUGCAAGCUCGCGCAGGUCCACGACGUCAUCGAGAAGUUUCCGGACCAGUACGAAACGGUCGUCGGCGAACGGGGGUCGAGGCUGUCCGGCGGGGAGCGCCAGCGGAUCAGCAUUGCGCGCACGUUGCUCCGCGAUCCAAAAAUUUUGCUGUUCGACGAGGCCACGGCGUCUUUAGAUUUGGAAACGGAGGACAAGCUGACGCGGGCGAUCCACGAUUUGAUCUCGAACAGCAGCAACAAAACCAUGCUGAUCGUCGCGCAUCGGCUAUCCACGGUGAAGCAGUGCGAUUUUCUGCUUUACAUCGACGGCGGGAAGGUCGCGGAAAUGGGCAGUAUCCUAAUUAAAAACGUCCCCACACCAGAGUCACGAUGGGAAAUCUGCUAGACAAAUCAGCCAGCUUUGGUUGUCUGGCAUGACAAGUUUGCCCUCGUAGUGUAAUGCUGUUUAGCUAGUUCACAAGCAUUACAGACCUAGCAUAGCAUGCAGCUUAUAGCAUCACAAAUUCCAAAACACGAAUAGAAAAUGCUUCUCAUAGGGCUCCGCAUGAGAAGCUUUUUUGGCAUGCAGAAUUGCAUUACAGCUCUGGGGUGGGGAAGUUUUUACUCAGAAUAGGCAGCCACGAGGAAUUACUGAAAAAGGAAAACGGGUUGUAUCGGAAGCUUAUCCUGUGCAAAAGUAUCGUACUCGUAUUGCAAUCAUGCAUUACAAAUCCUGUUCUUAAGGCAAAUUAGCAUUACAAAUUCAACUUCUCAUGCGGAGGAAAUUUGUAAUGCAUUUAUACGAGUACGAUGCUUUUGCAAUUCAUAAAGCUGUGGGCGACCUACCAGAGAGGGGUGGGGAUAGGGAAUAACAACAACGCCGGGAACAAGAAGAGUUGAUUGCAAUCUGCUUUCUUAUAUGCAAAAGAUUUUUCCAUGCAGAGAUGCGCAGAAACUUUUACUUUUGUGUUGCACCCGAAGAAACAAAGAUGAAGCAAGAAACAUACACAAUCAAAAAACUCGUGUUGGCCCAACAUCCCGCUGCGCCACAACGCUUCUAU